GCAUUCGUCGAUGGCCGCGCGGAUGCCCCACACGAGCUUCGAAGCUGCGGGGAUCGGCUGCUACCACAGCUCUGGCCUCUCUCGAAGAUUUCAGCUCGCCAGGUGACCUUGCCGACAGGCUUCGACUUGCCCCAUUGUGGGCUACAUGGAGAGGCGCCACCACUCAAAGCAGAGCUGGGGGUGGUCCUGGUAU